UAGCUACAAGGGCACUUGAAAUUAAUUCCAGAAUUUUAGUUAAUUCAUUACAUAUCAUUGAAAGAAGCAAAGGAUGAUUAAGUUUUUGCAUAGUGAAGUUGAAAAAUUCCAAGCUCAAGCAAAAAUGGAGUCGAGUCAAGUGAAGAUAGACGCCGUUAGACGCGAAAACGAACGAUUGAAAAUUAAAAUAUCGCAAAUGACGAAAGAUUGCGACUCUCUAAAGAUGCAAAUCCACGAUCAUUCAGUUCGACUUGACCAAAUUCACCAUCAGCCACGAAAAUUCACAAGCCCAGGCGAGCAAGCGAAUGACCUCGUUGCUUUGAACCUCGGGAGAUUUUUUGAUGAUUCAAAGUUCGCCGAGCUGGAAAUUAUAAAUAUCAAUCACGAAAUUAACGAAAGUGGAAAGGACGGACUAAGCAAGCUCGGAAAACUCGAACUAAGUCUCGAUUGCAAGUCUCAAUCACGAGAUAGCUUUCUUGACGAACCAAAUGUAGAAGAAAAUAACGCGUCAGACAAGUGCAAAAGUCGAAAAGCUUCAAGAAGCGGAUUGGAAGAUCACGAGAUUAAUUUGGAAAUGAAGCCUUUGAAGAAGCCUAGGGUUUCCAUUAGGGCUAUGUGUGACACCCAAAAUAUGAAUGAUGGAUGCCAAUGGAGAAAAUAUGGACAGAAAAUAGCAAAAGGGAAUCCAUGCCCUCGAGCCUAUUAUCGGUGCACGAUUUCCCCCACUUGCCCGGUUAGAAAACAGGUACAAAGAUGUCGCGAAAACAUGUCCAUACUAACCACCACCUACGAAGGGACCCACAACCACCCCCUCCCGCCGUCGGCCACGGCAAUGGCCACCGCCACAUCAUCAGCCCUCUCAAUGCUCACGUGCGGCCCCACCACCACCACCUCAUCAACUGCCUCGACCACAAACAAAUCUAAUAAUCUCUUAAGAUUCGAUUUCUCUACUAACAAAUCGGAUAAACUUUCGACAUCGUUUUUCCCUCGAGCCUCCAUCACAACAUUGCAGUCGCACCCUACUGUUAUCCUGGACCUCACCGCACCGAAUCAAAUCCCAACUCCGUACAAAAAACCUCCACUUUCGACAUUUUCUUCUUCUUCGUCUUCUUCUUCGUGUCUAGAUUUUUCGAGCUUUUAUAGUAAAGGUCAAAAUUGUAGUCAUAAGAGCAACCAAUUUGCACUUCAAUCGGCAUUAUUAGAAGCUGCAAUUACAUCGGUUGUUGGCAAUGGCGUUGUUACUACUAAUCAUAUUAGCUUUUCAGAUGCAUUGGUGGAUAGCGGGGCUAUGAUCGGGUGUGGCGCGGGCUACUGGGACAAAAUUAUCCAGUACUCGUUGGAUUCACAGCAAAAGAACGUUGCAUCUUUUCAACCGUUCUAAUUAGGCUACAAUUAUUAUUAUU